UGUGCGCUCUUAUGAAUAAUCAAAGCAAAACUGUAUACAGUAUCUUGUUUGAAUUUCGACUUUAAAAGACGAAGACGAAAUAAGAAAGUAAAAUAAUAUAAGCUCCAGGUUUUUGUCAUGUCAUUACCUUUCAGGCGGGAAUGAAGACAUCUACAGAUGAUAGUGGCGUGGACAGACCGUUGUGGAAGCAUGGAGACAACGACUAUAAACUGGUCUUCUCGACAAAUGGCAGCAACAGCGAACACCACGACCCCGUGUUCCUUGGCAUUCGACAGUCUGGUUUCAUGAAGUUGUACCACGCUAUUCCUUUCUAUUGUGGCAGGUCCUUCAAAGCAGGCUUCCAACGCGUGAUGGACUCAUACGGGAGAUGCUGGAGAGAUCCACCGACAGGAAUGACUGAAUGUAUAGCAUGGAUCAGGACGGACACUAACGACACCACGAGAGACAGACCGAUCAUCGUGAAGCUCCUCCUUCAGGCGGUAACAUACCUCAUUUGGCACGAAAGGAACAAUCACAUCCUCAAUAAUGAGUCUAAUUCAUUGGAGAAGAUGCUCGUUGUUGGAGAAUUGGUACUACCUAAUGCGCCAAAUCACGAGAAAUCUCCACUGAUCGAAGCCUCUUGAAUGAAUAGUUUAUUUUGACCACU